CUUAAAAAAGAGAAACGACGGUAAACGAAUUGACAGACAACAGAAAAAGGUUGUUGGUUGAGCCUGUCACGUAAGCCUGCUGCGCAGCAGCACGAUUGGCUGAGCGAACGAGAGAGCUUUCUCAGUCUAGCCAGCAAGCAGGUCGAGGUUUAGUUUUGCUGAACAGCAAGGCGAUAUUCUGUAUUUGUUGCUGAUUUUCACUUAGUUGACCGUGGAAUUGUCAGAAAAUUCGUCUUCAGAUUAUAUACUUGGUGCCGAAUAUUUUAGGUUUAACAGAAACCGCCAUGGUUCGCAAGUUUUUGGAGGAUGUUUUCCGUCGCAAGUUGGAUGUUCUGCACUCAGCUAGAGUUGUCCACACUUUGUAUCAACAGCAGAAAGAAGGAAGAUAUUGUGACCUAAAGGUACUGGUUGAAGAUCAACAGUAUUUUGUUCACAGAUGUGUCUUGGCUUCAGCAUCUGCACAACUGGAUGCUCAAAUAAAUGGACUUGAUACUAUUCAACUUGUUGGUGUCACAAACUAUGGAUUUGAGCAUCUUCUUGAGAUUCUAUAUUCAGGGAAAAUGGCAAAAGUGGCAACAGUCGAUUCAACUAAAUUUCAUGAAAUUGUCAGUGCUGCUGAUGCACUCAAUGCAGAAAGCGUUAUUGAAUAUUGUGCUCGGGAACGAACUGACUUGAUGAAAUUUGUUCUGAACCAACCUCAAGAUAUGUCAAGAACACCUAUGGAAACGACCACAUCUCAAGCUUCAACAACUAUAUCUGAAGUAUCUGUCGAGAAGAGUUUAAAUGUUGACAGUCCAAACAUCGAACCGGGAGAAGUUGCCACAUCAAGCGAACAUGUGAUUGGUGAAUCAACCUCAACUCAUAGGUUUGCACCACAAACUCAACCUUCAGAGAUUCUUCCAACAAAUACUGAACCCAAGAUCAAAUCAGAACCACAGACAGAAGAAUUGAAAGAGUCAUCUGACUGGAGUGCAAAGGUUAACAAGGAAGCAAGUGAAAAUUCUGAUGUUGCAUUGAAAGAAAAUAUGUCUGUUGAUGAAAGGAUAAAAACAGAAUCUGUGGAAGAAGGCUCUUCUACAUUACCCCUUCCUAUGCCUGGACAACCAGGCCAGACCGCAGUACAUUCAAGUGAAGAAGCUUUUGUAAGUAAACCUGAUACCACGGUGGGAAGUGCAGAUCAUGUUAUGCCAGAAGAUGGAAGUCAGAACCCAUUUAUUCACAUUGAUCCUCGAGAUAUGCAAAACAUCCAAAGCUUAAGAACUUCAAUGUUUGCUGGACCUCUUGGAAUGAAAAGAGUUAUAAAAUGCGUUGUUUGUAAACAAUUGUUUUCAUCUCGGCAUCAUUUGAAAUGUCAUAUGAAGAAACAUGCCGCUUCAGCAGUUAAACCAUUCAGGUGUGAGGUUUGUGGAAUGAAGUUUAAUUUUCAAAUGACGUUGUUGAAUCAUAUGAAAUUGCAUGAAGGGAAGAAAUAUGUCUGUAAAAUAUGUGGAAGAGAUUUCAAGUUGAAUAAAAACUUAGUGAUGCACAUGCAGAAUGUUCACACUGUCGAAUGGGAUCGAGAACAGAACUUAUUGAAGCAGGCAUCAUUUGGUUUUCCCCCAUCAUUCAGUAUUCCAACUCCUCCUGGAUCAUCUCGUAGGAAAACUCAUCCAGUGAAAAGACCAAUUGCUCAUGAAACAGAGAUUGUCAACCCUGAAGCAAGUUUUGUUCCAGCAGAGCAACCCAUUCCUCAGUCGCACGACACAAAAUUUCCUCAGAAACUGCAAUCAAACAGUGAGAUUGAACAACUGAAAAGUGCAGUUGAAAAUGUACAGAUGGGAAUUGAUGGAAAAUAUUCCUGUCCCUUGUGUGGAAAAGGUUUCAGUCGGAGAUGGAAUUUAAAGUGUCAUGUUUUGACACAUGCUGAGAAUCGGAUUCCGCGAUCUCGGGCAAAAUUUCCACCAAAAAAACCUCUUCCAUUUGGCUGCCCAGAAUGUGGAAAAUCAUUCCAAACAGCUGGGAGUUUGCAGAAACAUGCUAUUCUAACCCAUCCUUACAGCAAAACUUUAUUUGGAUUUAGUGGUAUUGGUCAACCACCUUUUUCAGAAAUGGAAGAAAUGGUUCAAAGUGCAAGUCAGAGUUCAACAUCAACAGCAAUUCAACCCAGAGCAGAACCUUCACCUGUUGUAUGUUGGUGUAAAGUAUGUGGAAGAGGAUUCAGACGAUUGAGAAACUUGAGAAAUCAUAUGGAAACUCAUUCAGGAAUGGGCUACGAAUGUCAUAUCUGUGGACGAACGUUUGCCCAACGUGAUGGACUCAAUGGUCAUUUAUGGAUUCAUGGAGGAUUAGGGGGAUCAAAAACUGGCGCAACACAGCCUGAAGCUGAAAAGGGGGGACCUGAGGGGGCCGAGAAGUCGAAUAUUCCUCCUGAUACCACAUGAGUAAUGUUAAGAAGUGAUAAAAUUACUUUUCAAUUCUCUUUCGCUGACACUCAAUUUCCUUUCGACUACCCUAAAUGAAUGUUGUACUGAAAUUUUAGCAGUACCAUUGCCAUCUCGGCAAGCAAAAUUUCAUUGCUGUUUUUAAAGUGAUGUAGUCGCAUAUUUGUUGUGAUCUAACUAUCCACACCUGUCGUUAUGUAGUUGUCUUCAAAACAAUUUUAUUGUUACAAUUUAUUCCAGCUUUUUUGUUAUUGUUUUCUUGUUUAUUUUUGUUUCAUUACAUUUGUAGCGUUUUUGGAAAUCCAUUGCCAGAUUUUAAUCUUUCAUUCCUCUUUUGUUUCCUAGUUUUUGGACUUUUACUAGUUAAACACUGUUUAUGGAUUUUUUUAUUAUUUUUAUUGCAGGCAUUGUCCCAAUCUUACUGUAGUAGGUCAGCAUGAUCUAAUUGGUUCUGAUUAUCUCGAUCGUAUAAUGUGGGAUGAAUAAUAUAACAUAAGUUUCAUUAAAAUUACUGCCUUCAAACAAUAGAUGUUAAUGAAACAGUUCAAAAAUGUAUCUUCAAAAUGGAAUUUUAUCAAAAAUGUUCACUUGUGCAAGUUUGGAUUUAGUAAGGUUCCAUUAUUGCAAUUUUUAAUCGUCACAAGACGUUUUUUUUGUCAUUGAAGCUUGAAAAUAUUCCAACUUAGAAACUCAUAAAAGGAAAUGAUUUCCAACUGCAAUUGUAGAGCUUGUAUCUUAUAUU